AUGUCGUACAUUUACAAGAAUAACCGGCUUGUACCGGCCAUUGUCAUCUCGAUAUGCCUCAUUCUAUUCUACUGCUUUAUUGAUCCGUCCAUACAGCCAGGAGAGACGCUGCAAGUCGUCUCGGUGGAAAAGACUAGCGAGCAAGCCGCCGCUAUAGUGCCUCAAAAGCCCAUCACGGAGGCUACUACACCACACAAGGCAAAUCCGCCGUCACAACCAACAAAGUCAUCAUCAUCAUUACCAAAAGCAUCUUCAUCCCCUUCAUCCAUACAGCAUAAUGGUCUGUCUGCCGACGAUGUCCUGCUCAUCGUCAAGACAGGCGGUACCACCAUCUGGAAGCGCCUGUUGAUCCAUCUCACUACAUCGCUGGAUGAGAACCGCAUCAAGCCUGAAAACAUUGCCAUCUACUCGGACCAGACCCAGACGGUCGGCCGUUUCCAGGUCAUUGAUGCGUUAGCCAACAUGACAUCUGAAAUGAAGGCCAAGGAAGAUUUCGCCGUGUACCGCCAGCUGCCCGAGUACGACUCCCACAACUACUACGUGGAAGCCGCAGGCGUAGCCGGUGAUGAAUGGGGUCCGGUCGGCGGCUGGAUUAUUGACAAGUACAAGUUUGUUCCCCUUGUCGAGCACGCCGGCGCCCACUGGCCCAAGGCCAAAUGGUACAUUUACAUGGAAGACGACGCCUAUCUCUUCCUGCCCAAUGUCAUCUCGUACCUCUCGUCCUUUGACGCGUCCAAGCCUCACUAUCUCGGCAGCUAUGCCGCCAAGUCCGACGUUAUCUUUGCCCAUGGCGGUGCCGGCUUUGCCCUUUCCCGUGGCGCAUGGGAACAGUCCUUUGGCAGCACCAAAGAGAGCCUCACAUCCAAGUACUACCAAUACACCAAGGACCACUGCUGCGGCGAUCAGGUGCUUGCGUUGGCGCUGCGCGACCAUGGCGUAAAGUUUGGCGAAAACGGCGGCGACGGCAAGUUCACCUGGGGCUUCAACCCGCUUGUGCACUGGAACUUUGCAUUUGAGCAGUCCAACUGGUGUAAACCCGUGCUGUCGUGGCACAAGGUGCACAGCCGCGACGUGGCGCGGUACUACGACUUGGAGAAGUCGUGGGACUUUAGCACUAAGGGCCCAUUGAUGCAUGGUGAUUUCUUCAAGCACAUGAUUCUACCCGACGUCAAGAAGCGUGCCGAGUGGUGGGAUAACCAGUCUGGUGUGUACUCUGUUGCUUCUGGAAACAACGAGUGGUCACCGAAGCCGCCCAAGGAGGCCAAAUACGAUGCCGCCCUCUGGAAGAAGGCCUGGCAGAGCGUGGAAGACUGCGAAGCCGCCUGCAAGAGCUGGGACAAGUGUAUGCAGUGGGCAUAUGUCGAGGAUUUGUGCAAGAUGGACGACAAGAUGAUGAUGGGCCAGGGAUAUGCCGAGGGCAUGUCGCAGCGUAAGACGGCGCUGAUGCACACGAGCGGGUGGUUGUAUGAGCGUCUUGAAAACUGGAAGUGCUCAUGA